AUGAACAGAUUAAUAUUCUUCUGUGCAUUAUAUUGCUUUGCUCUGACAGGUACUCAGUCAUCUACAGGAAGUGAAUGCCAAAGCUAUAAUGGCUCUUCUGUUCCAUCUGUGGAACUGUGUGUUUUCAACAACCAGUGUGGAGACAGCAAUAAUGAGAAACAAGGUUCCUCCUUUAAGUGUGACUUUGAAAGUGACCUAUGCAAAGCUCUUGAGUUGAACUCACAGCCUGGAUGGAUAAGAAGAAAUGGCCUCUCUAGCAUGGGACCACCAUACUCUGACCACAGUGGGAAUGACAGUGCUUAUUUCCUCUCAUUGUCCUCUGAAACACGUUCCUCUUCUGCAACUUUAAGGACCAAUGUUUUCCUUCCAACUAAUGAAGAACACUUUUGCCAGGUUACAUUUCAUUAUUGGAUCAGCCAAAUGAAUGGAACAUUGAUGGUGGGGAUUCAGAAGCGCUCUGAAGAUACUAUUACAAAUAUCUGGCAAGUUUCAGGAGAACUGCAAAAUCAGUGGAAAGCAAAUACCAUCACAAUCAAUAGCACUGAAAAGUAUGAGGUUAUCUUUUGGGGGAUGGUGGAGACCCAGAGACAAGAUGAAACUGUUGCCAUUGAUGAUAUCACUUUCAGUGAAGGCUGCUCUUUGGAGUGUGCACUACAGACUUCCAGUUUUAAUCUCAGUGUAUGUGAGUGGCAUUCAGAUCAGCUGGCUGAGCCUGCUGUGUGGGCACAACUGCAAGCCGGGCACAAGAUUUUCUCCUAUUCCUUCCCAAAAGAUUGGAGCAACAAUACUGAAGGAAAUUUUGAGGGGUUGGAAGCUAAUGGCAAGACAUUAUACAAAAGCGCUUAUCUUAACAGCUCCAUGUGUCACUGCUUCAGUAAGAAUUGCCAUUUUCAGUUUCAUUACUCCAUGGCAGAUAACAGUGUUCUCAAGGCAGUACUGUUUACUAAUCAGGAAGAACAUAUCUUGUGGGAAACCAACAUUGUGACUAAGAAGGAAUGGGUCAAAGUGGAUAUGCAUCUGCCAACAGGGAUUGAAAACUUAAAGCUUAUGUUUAAAGGAACAUUCCAGAGCAGAGCGGGUUUCAUCUGUUUGAAUAACAUCCAGCUCUUGGACACUACACCCUCUGAGCCACCAGGUUUUUGCUCCUUAGAAGAAUUCACCUGCACAGAUGGGCAUGUCACAGAGCCUGGAUCAGCCUGUGACUCUCACCCAGAUUGUUCCGAUGGCAGUGAUGAGGAUCCAGCAGCCUGCUCUAAUUACACUAUAUGGGAUUUUGAGACUGACUUCUGUGGGUGGAAGCCACUAAGCAUAGGUGAUGCAGAUUGGAACAUAACGAAAGAACAGGCUCCUCUUGACAGGACACUUCCUGGCAGAGACUGUACAACUAAUACUGGAUGUGGAUCAUUCAUUUACUUCAGUGGAUCAUAUCAGAUGAAGACAAAGAUAGCCAUGUCUCAUCUGGGGAGCCCUUUCCUUGUCAAGCGAUCCCCUGGGCUUUCCUGUUGUCAGGUAAGAUUUUGGUACUGGUUGUCUCAGGAUUCCCAGCUUUCUGUCUUUAAGAGAACUGCAUUGGAUGGAAGUUUGGAAAAAUUGCAUGACAUUUCAGGAUUGCCUGAGAUGCAGUGGACAAAAGUGAAUAUACAUGUACAAAGUGCAGCUACAGACUUACCUUUUCAGAUCAUUUUACGAGCUACUAUUCUAACAACAAAAGCUACAGUUGCUGUUGAUGACAUCAGUAUAACAGAAGAAUGUGGAGUUGUGAGUAAAUCACUUUCAGGUGUCAGCCAAGAAAGUGAAGCUGCUGUAUGUGACUUUGAAAGAGAAAGCUGUGGCUGGAUUGAAGCUGCAAGUGCAGAUGGCUUUGACUGGGUAAGAAGUUCCAGUAGUGCUCUUGCACCUGCUUUUCAGAAGCAAGCUCCCCUCCAGGAUCACACAUAUGACAAGCCUGAAGGUCAUUUCAUGUUCAUUCUGAAAAACAGCAGCAACAUUUCACAAAUAGCUCAGCUACGAAGCCCAAAGUUCAGACAAACUGGAUCAAAUUGCACAUUGUCUUUUUGGUAUUACAAUUACGGACAUUCAGUUGGGGCAGCAGAGAUGCAAUUGCUUGUGGAUGGGUUGAAACAACCUACUGUCCUUUGGAGGGUAUAUUACAACAAGGGAGAUCAAUGGCUGAAGGCAGUCAUUCAGCUAGGGCGCCUUCCACAUCCUUUCCAAUUCUCACUUGAUAAAAUCAGUCUAGGUUUUUACGAUGGUGUUUCAGCUAUUGAUGAUAUUACAUUUGAAAACUGUGCUCUUCCACCUCCAGCAUUAAGUUGUGAAGGUCCUAAUAAUUUCUGGUGCAGAGACACAAAAGCAUGUAUUGACAGUUUACUGGUCUGUGAUCUUGUGGAUAACUGUGGGGAUGGAUCAGAUGAAGACAGCUGUAACCCUGACCUACAGUGUGACUUUGAAAAUGGGCUGUGCAAUUGGGAACAGGAUGUUGAGGAUGACUUCGACUGGAUCAGAAUACAGGGUCCAACCCCCACAGUUAAUACAGGCCCAUUAAAGGAUCACACAACAGGCACAGUGUGGGGACACUACCUCUACAUGGAGUCCUCUGAUCCACGCCAAUUUAAAGAUAAAGCAGUUUUGCUUAGUCCUCUCUUCAACCCUUCUGCCAAUGGAACAUGCAUUUUUCGCUUUCAUUAUCAUAUGUUUGGAAAGCAAGUUUACAAGCUGUCAGUCUUUCAGAGAACUGUGAGUAAUACUGGUGGAUGGCUGUUGUGGUACAAGUUUGGAAAUCAGGGAAACAGAUGGAUCCAACAGACACUCUACAUCAGCAGCUCUAAGCCAUUCCAGAUCUUGGUGAAAGGUACUGUAGGAGAUGGUUUCACGGGAGACAUUGGCCUUGAUGACAUGUCUUUUCUAGGCUGUACUCUUUACAAUGGAAACUUGCCAACAGUCUCUACAACUACCCCAGGAACUUCAGUUCCUGCCACACUCCCCAUGAAUAACUGCACAGAGAAGGAUUUUGUCUGUAGAGCUUCAGGCCGUUGCAUCCAGAUGAUCCAGAAGUGUGAUUUUAGACCUGACUGCUCUGAUAAGUCUGAUGAAUCAGCUUGUGUUACGGAAAUCUGCAACUUUGAAGAUAAAAACCAGUGUGGGUGGUAUCAACCAAUUCUAGAAGAGACAUCAGGAAGCAAUUCCAUCCAUACCACAAACAUAUUCAAGUGGGAACUUGGAAGAGGGACAGAUCUUUAUCCUGGACAAGAAAAGCACUGCCCAUUAAUUGACCAUACUACGUGUACUGAAGAAGGCUGGUAUCUGUUUGCAGACAGCUCAAAUGGAGAAUUUGGUGACACAGCUGACAUUGCUACCCCAGUCAUCUCCCUUACCGGACCCAAAUGCAAAAUUAUAUUCUGGAACCACAUGAAUGGUUCAACAAUAGGCUCUCUGGAGGUACUCUGCAAAACUAGUAACAGGACUUCUAAACUGUGGGCUCAAAGUGGCAGCCAAGGUCCUCAGUGGAACAGAGCGGAAGUGUUCUUAGGAAUUCGUUCUAAUUUUCAGAUUGUUUUCAGAGCAAAUCGUGGUGUCAGUUACAUGGGAGAUGUGGCAGUGGAUGAUAUUACCUUUGAAGAUUGUUCCCCUUUGCUCAUCACAGGCAGACUUUGCACAUCAGAGGAAUUCACAUGUGCCAACAAGUACUGCAUCCCAAAGGAUAAUCUGUGUGAUUUUGUAAAUGACUGUGCAGAUAACUCAGAUGAGAGCCCUGAUAUUUGUAGUACAUCUAUUGGGCAUUGCAAUUUUGAGUUUGAUCUUUGUGGAUGGAAGCAAGAUGAAAGUGAUGAUUUUGACUGGAACCUCAGAACUAGCAGUACUACAAAAAUGGGCACUGAACCAGCUACUGAUCAUACAUUACAAGAGCCAUCUGGUCAUUAUAUUUUUAUAAAGAGUUCAUUUUUUCGGCUUUCAGGACAGAAAGCUAGAAUUUCUAGUCCUGUCUUAAGCAGAAGGAAUAAAAACUGCAAGAUACUCUUCUAUUACCAUAUGUAUGGAGCUCACAUUGGAUCACUGAUUGUCUACCAGAGGACUGUGGCAGAACAUGAAAAAAUUCUCCUUAAUCUUACUGGAAACCAGGGUAAUUUCUGGCAGAGCAAGGCAUUGAUCCUGGCUGGAGAUAGAGAUGAAGAUUUCCAAGUUGUCUUUGAAGGGACAGCUGGAACAGGUCCCAAAGAUGGCAUAGCACUUGAUGACCUCACAUUUUCCAGGGAGUGCUUGCUAUCCCAGGAGUUUUUACCAGCAGAGCCCACGGCAUUGCCUCCAACAGGCUCCUGCUCACAUGGCUAUUUGCAAUGUCAGAAUGGCAAGUGUUACAGACCAGAACAAAGCUGUGAUUUUGAAGACAACUGUGGGGAUAAUACAGAUGAGAGUGAAUGCGGAACUUCCUGCACCUUUGAGAACGGCAGAUGUGGCUGGCAGAAUUCCCUGGCAGACAGUUUUAACUGGGUACUGGGUGUCGGCUCGUCUCAAAAUCUUAGACCUCCCAGGGACCAUACAUUUGGAAACAGAACUGGACAAUUCCUGUAUCUUGAGGCCACUGCAGUAGGUCUGAAAAAUGAAAAAGCCCAUGUGAAGAGUUCCAGAUGGAAAGAAUCAAGUGGGACUUGUGUGAUGAGCUUCUGGUACUUCAAGUCACCAAAAGCCAUGGGAUGCAUUCAGGUUCUGAUUAAGACAGAUGAUGGGAUUGUGAAAAUAUGGAGUGAAUCAGGAAAUCAUGGUGAUGAGUGGAGCAAAGUCGAGGUACACUUGGGGAAACUGAGGAAUUUUGAAGUUAUCUUUGAAGGCAUUCGUACCAGAGACCUAGGAGGAGGAAUAGCAAUAGAUGACAUAGAGUUCACCAACUGCACCACAACUGGAGAGAAUCCCAGGGAAUGCCCUGCCCUCACUGAUUUUUUGUGUGGGAAUAAGGAUUGCAUAGAGUCUCAGUUCAUCUGUGACUACAAACCAGACUGUGAAGACCUAUCAGAUGAAGCUGACUGUAAUUAUUACACGAGUAUUCCUGGAAGCUGUAACUUUGAAACACAAGAUCAAGAAUGGACAACUGCAUGUGGAUUAACACAAGACCCUAGGGAUGACUUUGACUGGAAUAUUAGCAACAAUGCUAUCAUGGGACAGACAGGUCCUGAUAUCGACCAUACACCAGGUAGAGGACAACAAUUUUUGUACAUAAAUUCUUCUGCCCAGAAAGAAGGAAACAUAGCAAGGAUAAUUACCACCAAACCCUUUCCAGCCAGCCUUGGGGUCUGUAGGAUUCGGUUCUGGUUCUGGAUGUUUCCUUCUAGGCAAACAGGAGUCUUAAAGGUUGAGAGCACUACAGAACAUGGCAUGGAUAUUCUUAUGUGGUCUUCUAGCAGAAAUGAAGAAAACAAAUGGAUGUAUGCAAAUGUAGCACUCUCCAGUAACAUCCCUUUCAGAGUUGCCUUUGAAGCUGAAGUGGGGUGGAGUCAACCCACAGAAUUUGCUCUUGAUGAUAUUUCUUUCACCCCUGAAUGCGUUGAUGGAGGUUCAGCUGAUCUACACCCUCCAACAUGCAAGAGUGACCAGUUCACAUGUGCAUAUGUGCAGCAGUGUUUACCCUUUGCUGCAAAAUGCAAUGGCACUGAAGAUUGCAUGGAUGGAAGUGAUGAAAUGAACUGUCCCAUGGAGAUGCCUACCACCUCAUCUCCAGGCCCUUGCAAGCAAACAGAGUUCUUGUGUCCUUCCAAAGGCUGUAUCCCCUCCCUCCUGAAAUGUGAUGGUGUGUCUGACUGCUACCUUAAUGAAGAUGAAGUUGGCUGUCCCAUUAAAGAUUGUUUUGAUGGUUCUUUGUUAUGUGCGUCAACUAAUCAAUGCAUAGCAAUCUCCCAGCGUUGUGAUGGCAUUGUAGACUGCAUUGAUUUCAGCCCUGAUGAGUCCAGCUGUUCAGUUUGUCCUGAAGAAUACUGCAAAAAUGGAGGGAAAUGCAUCAUCACAGAUGACAUUCCAUUAUGCCAAUGUGAAAAAGAAUGGAAAGGAAACCGUUGUCACAAAAGUGCUCAGCCUCUUCAGCCUCCAACUUCAAGUUUCCUUCAAAAUGAUAUUUGGAUUGGGUUGGGUAUCGGUUUCUUGCUGAUUAAAAUUACAGCUGCUGCCUUGUAUUUUUUUAAGAAGAAAAUGCCAGAAAUGAAAUUGAAGGAAACCACUAAUGCUUCCUUUGCCAACCCAUUGUAUGAAGACCUUAGUUCAUCUGGGAAAGUAAGGUCUACUGGGUAUUCCACCUCACCCGCUGUUCAAAUUAGUGUUUCUCCAUGGCAUGAGUAUCCAUUUAAUGGAGAUGUGAAUGCUUAUUCUUUUCCAAAUCCUCUCUAUGGUGAAGAAUCAGAAGACAUGGAGAAAUUAUGCAGUUCUGUGAAACAGACAUAAACCAUGAUCAAUAUUGCUUGUAACUCUUUGCCUGAAGAUUUAUUCUAAAAUCUGAAAUGUCAUGAUAUUAUAGUGUUUGCAAUAUGAAUUAAUAUAUCUUCACAGAAUAACUGUUUUAUUAAAAUAAUUAUGGUCAGAAAGUAGCUAUAUUAAAAAUGGAAUCCAUACAUAUGUAAAAUAUAUAUAUAGUCUUCUGCCAUUUCUUUUGGUGCAGACAGAGAUUGGUAACUAUAACUAUGAAUUCAUUUUACAUUCAUACAGUUCAAAUUCCAGUAUGUUAAUAAAAUAUUUAAUCAAAUCCAGA